AUGCUCGGCCUUUGCCGACGUUUCGCUUCUCUUCGAGAAGUACGAAACAUUUGGCGAGAGGACGCCACAGAAGAGGGGGACAGGAUAUCAAGGAGACACUGCAGACACAUGCGGCUUCAUCUGCAGAAUCCGGCUUCUCUCUCUCCGUCCUCUCCUUUCUCUUCUCUCUCUCCUUCCUUUUCUCCUUCCUUCUCCCCUUCCUAUCUUCCCCGCCAAGCUAGGACGUCGUCUCCUUUUGUUUCUGGGGAACUGCCUCUUUCUGAUCCAUGGCCUUCGCUAUCUUCCUGUCCCCAUUCUUGGCUCCCUCCUCUCUCUUUCUCGCGCUCGGCGUCCUCUCCGCUCCGUCCUUCUUCUCCAUCUGUUUCCCUCUCUUCGUCGUUUCGGUCUGUCUCCACUCGUUCCCAGCCUCGUUCUUUUCCGUCUCUUCUGUCGUCUUCUCGCGCUGUUGCUGUCUCUCCUCGCUCCUCUGUUUUCUCCCGCACACCCUCCUGGACUCUCCAGAGAGAGAGACGCCAAUUUUCUUCUUCUCCUUCUCUCCCGUCUUCUCUCCUUUCUGUACGGCUGCAUCUUGCUUCGUCUUGCCCUCACUCGCGUCCUCGCCGUUCUCUCUCCACCCGGACUGGCGCAGCGGACUUGCCUCGAGAGCGUUUGACCGCAGGCGACGUCCACUUGUUGGAGGCUCUCCUCCGCACAGUUCGCCAAGAAAAGUUGAAUCUUCCUGCCGAGCAAAGUCAGGCGACAAGCGCCGACGCCGUCCCUGUCCCCGAGGCAGGCGCCUUACUCGCCACCCGCACAGGCGCUCUCUGGUGUACAGAUACUCCGGGAGCGCGAGGCUCCGGCGGGAGUCGGCCGACGCACCGCGCGCAGUUCCAGCUGCUUGCGUCGAUUUUCUCAGAAGCUCUUCUUUCUUCGCUCGAAGCGUUCCUCGAGUCUCGCAAGGAAAAAGAGGUUCUUACUCAGCUGCUCGUUGAUAGCCACGAGGCGCUCUGCUCGAAGAGAGGCGCCUCGGAAGAGGAACUCGGAGAGAGCGAAGGGAACGCAUGCAGUUCGUCUUUCUCCGGGAGGGGAGAUCCCACCGGUCUCGCUGUCCUCGCAGAGAGAGAGAAGGAGGAAGCCAAGUCAGGGGAGCCUCGCGAGUCGAGUUCGAGGCUGCAGAGCCGCGCAACGGAGGACCUGGAGGAGGAGAUCCCCGCCUUCCUCACAGACGAUCCGGACUGGGUGGCGGCACACCUGGAGGCAUGCAGAAACGAGGAGCUUUUCCUCGCAGACUUUUACUUGAGGCGCGGGACGCUGCGGCAGGGCCUCGCGCAAGUUCGCGAGGCCUGCUCUGCUCCGGCGAGAGAGAAAGAGAAGAAGAAUGCUCAAGAAGAGAAGCGAGACAAGUCGAUGAUCUUCGACCCGGAGAAUGACGAACAGGCGUUGCAGGGAGACGCCGUCCUCGAAAUUCAAGCGGGCGUUGGCGGCGAAGACGCAGCUCUGUUUUCCAGAGAUUUGCUGGGCAUGUACGAGGCCUUUUCUCUCGCGCGCGGCUGGGUGUUUCGCGUCCUCGACAUCCAAGAAACGGAGAAAGGCGGCUACCGGCGUGCCUCUGCUCAAGUCGAAGGUCCCGAUGCAUUUCGCCUUCUGUCGUUGGAGGCGGGGAUCCACCGCGUACAGCGCGUCCCGCCUACGGAGGCUCGCGGUCGCAUGCAGACGUCUGCCACCGCCGUCACGGUGCUUCCCAGAAGCGGCAAUCUUGAAGACAAAAUCGACCUCUCGCCGCCGACACUGAAGAUCGACUUCAUGCGCGCGAGCGGACCGGGGGGGCAGAGCGUAAACAAGAGCGAAACCGCUGUCCGCAUCACCCACAAGCCGACUGGAGUGUCUGUCCACUGCAUGCGCACACAGAGCCAGAUGGAAAACAAGAGCCUGGCUCUCGAACUCCUCAGAGCGCAGUUGCUCCAGCAGCUGAUGCGACAAGCGUCCGAGGAAAGAGGACGAGCGCUCGAUGCUCAGAAGGGAAGCAAGGACAGAAGCGAAAAAAUCCGUACCUACAACUUCCAGAGAGACGUCGUCACCGACCACAGGUGUCGCAUGCAUGUGAACGGAGUGGAGGAGUUUUUGGAUUCCUCUGAUGGCCUGUUUGAAAUUCACGAGGUACUCAAGCGUCAGCGCGAAGACAUGCAACUGGCUGGUUUGCUGGAGGAAAUUCGGAGCACUUUGGCCAUGCUGGGGACCUCCAGAGACUGCCGAUGA